AUGCAGCCCCGGUCGGCUAGCCAAGACAUGCUGCGAAGCGGGCCCUUUCGCAAGGAACAGUUUCUCCAUGAAGACAGAACGAGAAUAGUCUCAGACGAUGUUCUUCUACGACAGAGACGACAGUCAGAAAAGAACGAACAAAGGGCCAACAACCCUCCGUAUCCCCUCGACUCAAUCCUGCCUCACCUAUUAGAGCUUGAGAAGUUUGACCCUGAGCCUGGCACUGGAUUUGACUCUGCAAAUACCCUGAUUGGAAGUGCAAAUUGGGACGUCUAUAAUGACUCGGAAACGUCAGGCAACAGCAUGAACGGGCCAAUGGUGGCUCUGUCUUCAGCGUCAACGCUUCGCAUUGACACGACGCAUCUUUCAAAUCAACAUAACGGCGUAGAAUUAUCUGCUUCGGGACCCUAUGACAGUAGACAGUUCAGGUCAAAAAGCGAACAGCACUUGCAUGAUGGUCAUCGGAAACUGGAUAGUAGCCUACCUAAAGUGAGCCAGUAUAAGAAACAUGCUGCGCUGGAUCUGUUCAGCUUCUCUGAGACACAGGAUCUGAUCAUUCAUGUAUCUCCUGUCUUGGAUAAACUGUUCCAAUUACCAAGACCCAUGCUCGCCACAACGAACGAAACGCUGCCUCAGUCAUCGAGUCAUUCUGUAAUCUCUUCUCAACGUAACGCACCGGCUCCGUUGUCGGCGCUGCCCCCGAAAUCCGAGGCUAGCUCUAUCAAUUCAAACGCUAUAGGUCUGAUACUAAGUACCUACGACUACAGUACGAGCUCGUUGGCGCUCGCAAGCCCACGAUCCGGAGAGGCUAAAAGUAAUCCUUUAACCGAAACCCCACCGCUACACAACAUUGUUCUCGAAAAACGAUCUCUGCGAACCAGCAUUGGUGGCGGAAAGCCUCAAGAUCACAGCAGAAAUGACUCGGCUUCCUCUAACGUAUCAACCACAUCCACAUUGACUGCUAAGAACUCAAAUCAGCAGAGGUUUGUGCGUUAUGCGAUGAGAACACAAGAAGAUGGACAAGUUCAUAAUUUCAAUCGCUGGUCGAUGGACAAUGUGCUACAUUGGCUAGAACUAAAUGGCUUCAAUGAAUCGUGGAAGGAGACCUUCAGAAGAAAUGAGCUUUCAAAUACAAGAUUCUUAGAACUAAGCAAUUAUGAGCCCAAUUCUCUCAUCUGGAGACAGUUUAGCAAUCGCCUUGACAUCAAUGACAACAAUUCUCAAGUUGCUCGCUUUAUCAAUUUAUUGAGAGCCGAGCUUGAGGACAAUCCGUCGAACUCAUCUGCUGCCAGUACACUUAUAGAGUAUGACACCCCCAACAAAGCGGAGUAUCGGAAAUCUUCUUCAACAUUGUGGGCCCAAACCACACCAACUUCUGCGACCAAGCCGCGACCCUAUUCCUAUGUGGAUCCCGCUACAAUUAAGUCUAAGGAACAUAGCCAUAAGUUCUUUCGCAAACACAGCAGAACAUCCUCGAAUGACUCCAGUAAGGAGACCUCUCUAUUAUCUCCCACAAUAAGCAGGACUCCCGAUGUUGCCGUACCAAGCACUUCAAAAAAGAGCAGCUUGUUUAGCACUUUGAGAAAAUAUGGUGGAGAAAAGGCAGCCGAGAUUGUAAAACAAGUUCAAUCAAAUCAAACAUCUUCCAAGAACCUGUCGAAUCGAAUGAGUUUGUCUUCAUUCUCCCAUAAAAAGACCGAUUCCGGGAAAAAGUUAUCUUCAUUCGCAGAUGCAACACCGUCUCAUGUGAUUGAAGAUACGGAUUCUCCGCAAUCAGUGAAGAGUUUUUUUAGUUCACAUUUUGACGACUAUGCCACCUCUGUGGAUAUAGAGCCUGUCAAGUCAUCAUACGUGUCAAGCAGCUUGAUCGAUCACAAGUAUUUUCCUGUUUCUAUCGAGUCUUCUGAUCCAACAACAAAGUUCAUAUUGUUGACAAAAGAUGGGAGAAAUUUUGUCUCUAGUCAGUUUACCCUGGAAGAAUUGAAUGAUAUCUCUGUAUUCAAAAGAAAAGCUUAUGAGUUGCUUGAGCUUCUUGACUUUGGCACAAUUACCUUCCACCUCACUGACUUUAAUUGUGAUCCUGGAGAGGAAAUUCCAGAUGAGGUUCUUCCAGUUGUGCUCAAGCAGGAGUUUUGCCUUAAAUUUAAAGUGACUCAAGAUGUUCUGUCGGUAGGAGCAUCCAGCACUCUUUCAAGUACAUCUUCCGGAACUUAUUCAUUCAUCAGUGGCGAUACCAGCGGUCAAAAUUAUCCAGCAACUCCCCAGUAUAUGUUGCAAGAGAUCAAAGACAAAACGGUCGAUUAUUUGUCUGUAAAAGAACGCAAAGAGGAUAGCAGAGAAGAGCAAGGAACGACCGCUGAACCAACGGCACCACACUUUAAGCCUCGCUCAGCUGGACCUCCCAUGAAGCUAUCCAUGGCUCAUAUAAAGAGAGCACAACUCAAGAAUGCGGGUGUGCCAGGUAUGGGAACCACUCGUCAAAUCAACUUAAAUUCUAAACCUUCACGUGAAUUCAUCCCUGAAGAUUUACCCCGAACUGAGGAAAAAGAGAUUGAUUUUGACAAGCGUCGUUUGGUAGGUCCUGGUGGCAAAGCGCCCCGUCUUAUUCCAAAUAUUUAUUCGUCAUCUUUGGCAACGGCAGCGCAAUCGCCAGUGACAGCAACUACCGUCAAUGACUUCAAAGAUGAACCUGCUCAAACCAUAAAGCAACUCAGGGGAAGAAAAGAUUCUUCCUCAGAAUUGAAGGAUGGCUCUGGUUUAGUUGCCAGAAGAAAGGCUCCUCCACCGCCUACCAGAAAUUCCUCACUCAAACUCAAGAAGAAAAUUAGUAUGAGUAGUCUUAACCAACUGCCAAUGUCCAAUCGCUCAAAUGACUACUCACUAUCUACAGAUAGUCUCGAUUCAUUCCGGAGCUCGCAAAUUCAUGGCACCAAGUAUCAGCAGACACCGCGCUUUGAGCCUGAGGCGAAAUUUGAGUUUUUAGAUGCCCCUAAGUUUGAAUUUGGAAGAGUCAGCUCACACAGUGAACUCGAUGAAAAUGACGAAAACGACGAUGAUGAUGAGUUUUUCGCUCGCCCAAUUCACGAUCAAUCUCCAAAACCAUCAGAUCCAAAAGAUAACGAAAAGGGUUCAGUUACUAAGAGUAAUGAAGUACCUCAGGAGAAGAGUAAGAAGCCUGGGCUGGACGAGGACGGGGAUGAAGAUGACUUUUUCAUGAAACCAAUGAAACCCAAGAAAGCGAUGUCACCACAAGCGAAGAUGAAUGUUAGACCACCGGUCGAAGAGCUUUACGAAAAUCUUGAGAAAUAUUUCCCUCACUCAGUUCUCGACAAACCGAUUAUCGAUGCUUCACCUUCUUCUCCUUCUGCCCUAUCUCAUAUGAAUCCAAUCGGCAUCAAGCCAAUAAAGCCUUCUUCUCGAAAAGAAUCAAUUUCCAGAACAUUCUCCAAUGCCAAUAAAUCUCCUGCAAAUACUCCAAUCGAGGGAGGAGAUGAUGUGUUUUAUGGUGUUGGCCCAGGAGAUUCUAAAUUCCUUCGGGGUCGAAUGAAAACCAUUAGAGCUGUCGCCAAUGAAGCAAGGAUCAAAAGGUUGGAAAGCAAAAAGGGAUCUGAAUCCAAAUUGCCAGGUCGCAACAAGGUCAAAACAGCAGAGAAGACGCUGCCUUCACUUUUGAGAGCCAACACUAAACUUUGGGGACAGAAGACUGUUGAAGUCACACCUGAUCAAAUUGAAAAGGGUAUUGUGGGAAGAAUAAAAAACAGUAGUUCUGGCAAUCUGGAAGAAUUUGCAUGGGUGAAGGGAGAACUAAUUGGCCGAGGUUCUUACGGUUCUGUGUAUUUGGCGCUCAAUGUGACUACAGGAGAAAUGUUGGCAGUCAAACAAGUUUCCCUCCAUGCGCUGGCGCUGUCGUCUGAGGGAAUUGAUGCAUUGAUUAAAGAGGUUCAAACGAUGAAGGAUCUUGAUCACCUUAACAUUGUGCAAUAUCUUGGUUUUGAGCAAAAAGAACAAACAUACAGUUUAUUCUUAGAGUAUGUUGCUGGAGGAUCAAUAUCGUCAUGUUUAAAGUCAUACGGAAAAUUUGACGAACAAUUGGUGAGAUUCAUUACCAGGCAAGUUCUUUUGGGCUUGAAGUACCUCCAUCAGAACGGCAUUCUUCACCGUGAUUUGAAGGCUGAUAAUCUUUUGCUAGAAUUAGAUGGAACAUGCAAAAUCUCAGACUUUGGAAUUUCCAAAAAGUCUCACGAUAUUUAUAGCAACAAUGCCGAGUUAUCGAUGCAAGGUACCAUAUUCUGGAUGGCUCCGGAAGUCAUCCACAGUAUGGUGGAGGAGAAAAAACAAGGAUACAGUGCAAAAGUGGACAUUUGGUCAUUGGGAUGUGUCGUGCUUGAAAUGUUUGCGGGCCAGCGGCCAUGGUCCAACGAGGCCGUCAUCAGCGCCAUUUACAAGAUUGGAAAGACCAAGUUGGCGCCACCGAUUCCUGACGACAUCAGCGCGGACGCCAAAGACUUCUUAGACAAAUGUUUUACUAUUAACUCUGAAGACAGGCCCACCGCCACGCAGUUGUUGCAGCACAACUUCAUGAAGCCAGAUGCCUCGUUCGACUUCUGCAAGACCCGGCUCAAUGGGAUGAUUAAGUUCAACUCACGCAAGAGCGUAGCCAUGAAAUAA